AUGCUCCGCAGUCGUCUGUGCUGCCCGCCUGGUCUUCCACACCGGUGUGUACGUGCAGUUCCAAUAUUAACAACAACAUCAUCAUCAUCAUUACUCACAUCAUCAACUUUCAUAAUAGUUAUCCCCUUUACUACUACUAAUAGUAAUAAUAAUAAUAAUAAUAAUAAUAAUAAUAAUAAUAAUAAUAAUACUAUCAUCACAUCUUAUCGCUAUUAUAAUAACAUCAAGCAAGAAACGGAAAAGGAUAAAUGUAUUCAUACAAGGACGACGAGUAGUAAUCAUCAUAAUGAUAAUGAUAUUAAUGAUAAUGAUAUUGAUGAUAAUGUUGAUGAUAUUCCUUUACAACGUGCACGUGUAGAUACGCAAACCCCUACCACUACUUAUCCACGCGUACGUGUUAUUCCUCAAGAAUGGGAAAAAGAAGAAAAAGAACAACAAGAAGAACGAAAAGAAGAAAACGAUAUAAAUAGAUGUGAAGAUCCACAUACACAUAUAAAGAAGGAUCUCACUAUGGAUACUUCUCACGAAGUCUCUGACUUUCUCACCGCACGAGCAGAGUCGGUGGAAAAUGCACGUCUCCUGCGAAACUCGCAGUUAAUUUCCCCCACACAUCCAGACGAUAUCGCCCCAGAGUUUCGUCGUAUUCGUAAACAUCAACGCAUGUCUAUUGUCUUUAUUGCGGCUGAUGAUGAUUAUCAUCAUUAUUAUUAUCCCAGUGAAGAUAUUAAUAUGAAUAAUAAUAAUAAUAAUAAUAAUAAUAAAGAUUUACCUUUAUUAAUGAAUGGAAGACGAGAUCACUUUGUGGCCUUUCCACCGCCGGCUGUACAUCCAUGGGUACGAAAUACACCCAUUGGACCUUUUAUUUUACACGGCGAUGGACAUAUUAAAGUAGCGGGAACUGGGGAAGUGGGAUUUGAACAUCCACGAUUAGCAGAAAAAGAAAACGAAACAACUUCUUCAUCAUCAUUAUUAACACUUCCUCAUCAUUUUCGUGGAUUACAACAUCGAUCUAUACUUCAUCAACAAUUACCACAAAAGAAUGGAAAAGUCAUACAAGAUGCGGUGAUUAAGAAUAGUUUCACAUUAACAGGAAGAGGUGUAUUUGCUACAAGAGAUAUAGAGGCUGGAGAAACUAUUAUGAUUGUUCAUCAAACCGCACGAAAUCUCGGUGUAAAGAGUGAAAUAGAAAGAUUAGAGGAAAUGUGUGUAGAUAUACUUUUAAAAGUGUAUGAAGGUACAUCAGAAGAUUUGGAUUAUUUACAUGAUUGGAUUCUUACUGGUCAACCCUCAUCUUUAUUAGAGUAUUGGCCUAUCACCGCCACUCAACAUGUAUUAGAGCGUAUUGGUGGGAAGAAGGUAUUAUAUGCAUUAGAAUUACAUGAAAUUCACAUUGCACGAUUAGCGGCUAUUAUUGAUAUGAAUAGUUUUCUUGUAGAAUCUUUCUAUGCAGAGCGAAAAGGAAUGGCAUACUUUCCAGAAGCGGGAUUUUUAAAUCAUAGUUGUAUUCCAAAUGCAACUUAUGAUAUUAUUCCUGAACAUACUUUUCAGGAAACAGAUUAUUAUAUGGAUCAAUUGGAGGAAGGGGAAAAGGAAAAGGCAGAGGAAAAAGAUAAAAUCUCUGAUAAUAAUAGUGUAUUGAAGAAGAAGAAUGAAAAGAGUUAUCAUUCUCAUUUAAAGAAUACUAUCCAUACCGGCAACAGCAAUAGUAAUAGUAGUAAUAGUAGUAGUAUUCAUCAUAGUGUUAGUAAUAGUAGUAAGAAUAGUAAUAAGAGUAGUAGUAAUAGUAAUAAGAGUACGGAAGAGAACGAGAAAGAAGAAGAAGAAGAUAGUUUAACGUUGACUGCACCUGUGGAAUAUUUAUUCUGUUGUCGAGCCACUGUAAAGAUCCCAGCCGGUACAGAAAUUCUUAUUAGUUACAUUCCCCCAAAUUGGUCUUUUGAUAAUAGACAAUAUGUUUUACAUGAUCGUUAUCGUUUCUGGUGUAAAUGCCCCAAAUGUGCCCCAACAUUAGAUUCCAAAUAUUCUCGUUUACCAAAACUCGUUGUUGGUUUACUCUUCUUUAGUGUAUUUCUACAAUUACUCGUUUUACAUCAACGGGAUGUGGAACAAUUGGCAGCCAGAGAAAGAUCCAAUGAAGAGAUGCGAAGAAUAGAAGAAGGUGAAGAUCCUCAACAAUUACAACAAUCUCAAUCUCAAUCUCAACAACAAUUAAAGAAACGAUCUCGUGGUUUAUUUGAACUCAUGGAAGAAGAAAGACUGCGGGAGGUGUACACACUCGAUAGAGGCCCAAUGCCAGCACCGCUUGUAAAUGAACCACUCGCCCGUCCAGCACAAUAA